ACAGAAGAAGAAGAAGAAGAAGAAGAAGGAGAAGAAGAAGAAAAUCACCGCGUACUGUUCUGUUUAGCCUAUCAGCGGUGUAGUUCUGAGAUUUUUACAAGGAUACGGUGACUGUUACAGGGCCAUGGAUAGCUCGUACCGCUCAGACACUCCGGGAUAUAACAGCCGCUAUGUGCACUCGCCGUACAGUCACCCCGGGCUUCACGAAGCGCGGGAGCCGGACCUCACGGCUCCACCGUGGACGCCUCCGCCGGCUUACGACGCUUGUCCCUUCGGUGUAGGUUUCACGGGGUCACCUUUAGCCCAGCUUUAUGGAUUUGACCCCUCUGUGCCCCCGCCCGGUUUCGGCUGCCCACCCCCCGGACACCUCCUGAACGUGCCACUCCGAAGCAUCCCCGGAGCCCCCCAGCAACUCCAAACACGGCCUCACCCUCCCCGCUGUGACCGUGAGCUAGCGUCAGACCGCAGCCACACGGAGCACCGCGGCCCGGUAGCGACACUGGAUCCGGACGAUGAUGUGGCCCGGCAGAGGAGGCAGGACACGAAAUGGGUCAGACAGUUCUUACAGGCCACAGGGAAGAAGAGCUGCGGGAGGCUACAGAGCCAGCACCCGCCGCAACUGAGCUCCAUCUCCUCCCUCAGACAGGCUCUGUACGGGGCAGCUCAGCUCAUUUCACGGCUGGAAGACAUUUGUCACACUCUGACUCACUCUCUGCACGAUGACGGUGAGUGGACGCACUCAUAUUUAAGGGCUUUAGGCAUCAAGGCAGAGCUGGCGGACAAAGCCAGACUUCUCGCCGACACCUCGCGGUUAGGGGAGCUGAAGGCUCAAGUGUCCCGGGCUGCUUGCAGGAGGCUCCGCAGACUGAGAGCCAGGAGAGAAGCGAAGAAGGAGCAGAAAGACGCGGAAGAGCGCAGGUCUCUCAAAGAGACCGCUGUAGACAAAUGGAGGAUGAAACUGAUGCAGGAAGUGGAGGAGAAGAAAAAGGAGAAGGAACUGAAGAUGGCUGCAGACUCUGUUCUUUGUGAAGUUAGGAAGAAGCAGGCGGAUGUGAAGAGGAUGCAGGACAUCCUGAGAUCCCUGGAGAAGCUGCGUAGGCUAAGGAGAGAAGCGGUAUCCAAGAAAGGCAUCGUGACUGAGCUGCGGAGCGAAGAGGUGUUCAGCAGCACACUGGAGCAGCUGAGAGUGGUGAUAAAGAGGAGGACUGUAGUUUACUCGGCAGAGGAGAAGGCCCUGAUGGUGAUGCUGGAAGGAGAGCAAGAGGAGGAAAGGAGGAGAGAGCGGGAGUGCCGAGUGAGGAAGGAGAGAGAGAGACAACUGCAGAGCAAGCACAGAGUGGACUCCAUGCUGUUUGGAGAGGAGUUCCCAGGCGACUGUGGCCUGCAGCCCUUCAGAGACUAUUACAGCCAGGCGGAGCACUCGCUGCAUGCGCUCAUCCACAUCAGAGCUGGGUUCUGCCAAACCCCCCAUCAGACCAGGCCUGGGCCUCUGCCUUGCAGACUACUGACACUGACUGUGAGAACCUCUGACUUGUCCUCGGCAUGCACAGUGCAACAACCAGGUGACAGUGACAAAGAUGGCCGCAGCUUACCUGGAGUUUUCAACACGCUUCCAUCGACGCUUAGACGAGAGGAGCAGCAGGUCUCUGAAUUUGAAACAGAUGUACGCCUUCUUGGGACAACAGCAAGUGUUUUAUCUGUGUGAGGUGCAGCUGUGGAACAGCCCACAGUAUUGACUUAUGCCUGUUUUCUUUACUCAGUAAUAGUUUGUAUUUUACUCUGAUGAAUUUUCUGAAGACAAAAUAAAAUUAACAAUAUGAA